GCGGGAGCCGUCUCCCAAAUCACUACGUUAUGUGCCGUGCUGCUUCACGCGGCGCUGGAACAGUGCUAAAGCUGUUGGGUAUGAAGUGAAGCCGAACUGAAUUUUUGUACCAUCCGCAACUGCUUCAAGUUCAGAUCACAACAAAGGAACUGAAGACAAACCUCCGGAACAAAAUUUGCAACUUCUGAAAACACGCGGGAGGAAAAGGAUCACUUCAAGGAUUUUAAACACGAGAAACCAAAUCCUGAAACAACCAAAGAACAACACGUAUCUGCCCAACCGAAACAAGAGAAAGGAGAAGCAAUCACACGCCCAAGCAUAUUCUGAGAAGAUAACUGAUCUGAAACCAGAAGUUUGUGCCUACUCAACAGCUUUGUCAAAGCACACGUCCCAACGCUGCUCCUAGCCCUCCUCAUCCUUACUACGCUGCCGACUCACCACCAGAGUGUAGAGUGGGCUGCUAUCUGCUAGUUCCCUUCCAUUGUUCCCUCCCAUCUCCCCCAUUUUCUCCUCCCUUUGUUUUCUUUGUAAUUUUUUAAGCAGUGUUACUGCAACUGCAAUUGCCUUCUUGUGUGCUAGAUUUCUCCCAAUUUCUUUUUUCUACUUUAUGCAACCAUUUAAAACUUGUGUGAGAAACCUGUUAGGAGUGAGUGUGUUAAACUUUGUGUAUGUGUGUGAGUGAGUGAAGAGGUCUACAAAGUCAUCAAGAUCCAGAGAAUUGAAAGAUAUAAAGUCAACCACUAAAGCCGGUCCCAGCCCUGUCCUCUGUGUCAAAAAUGGAAAGGGGCUCGUCUGAACCCCCUGUUGCCCGCAACACAGGCUCAGCCACAGAUUCUUCUACAUGUCCCGUUCCUAUACCCCGUUCCUCUUCUGUCUCAUGCCACCCUCAUCCAGGAAGUAAAAAAUACAAGCGGACUCCCUUGUAUCAGAGAUCAAUGAGUUUCGACCCAGGCAUGCUCCACAACAAUGGACACACUGCAUUUGCAAAUGGCUCAGGAUCUGGCCUUAGAGAGACUGGGGUGGUGGAGAAGCUCUUGGCUUCAUAUGGGUUCAUCCAGUGCUCCGAACGUCAGGCUCGUCUCUUCUUCCAUUGCUCCCAGUACAACGGCAACCUUCAGGAGCUUAAAAUCGGAGAUGAUGUAGAGUUUGAGGUAUCCUCUGACAGGCGCACUGGCAAGCCCAUAGCAGUGAAGCUGCUAAAGAUAAAGCCAGAAGUGCUGCCAGAGGAGCGCAUAUCGGGCCAGGUGGGGCCAGACCUGCACGUCUAUCCCUUUACUGUGCUGCAUGGUUAUAUUCAUCCAGUUGUCUCAUCAAUUCCCAUGCAUUUGGAUGGGAAGUCUGCUCCUGGUCAGGUACCCACCGGCAGCGUUUGUUACGAAAGAAAUGGGGAAGUGUUUUAUCUUACUUACACUCCUGAUGAUGUUGAGAGUAAUUCUCACCUGGAGACGGGUGACAAAGUCAGCUUUUAUAUGGAAACUAACAAGCAUACUGGUGCCGUUAGUGCCCGCAAUAUACAGCUAGUGAAGAAGAAACAGGCCAGGUGCCAGGGUGUGGUGUGUGCUACAAAGGAGGCCUUUGGUUUUAUUGAGAGGGCAGAUGUGGUGAAGGAGAUCUUUUUUCACUACAGUGAGUUUAAGGGUGAUCUGGAAGCUCUUCAGGCUGGAGAUGAUGUUGAGUUUACCAUCAAAGACAGAAAUGGCAAGGAAGUAGCUACAGAUGUGAGGCUGCUCCCCCAGGGAACUGUCAUUUUUGAAGACAUCAGCAUUGAGCAGUUUGAAGGCACUGUUGUGAAAGUUAUUCCCAAAGUUCCCUCAAAAAAUCAGAAUGACGCUCUGCCUGGUCGAAUCAGUGCAAGGAUUGGUUUCACAGAUAAGGAACUGCCUUUUGGAGAAAAGGACACAAAGUCUAAGGUGACGCUUUUGGAGGGAGACCACAUUCAAUUCAACAUCUCCACCGAUCGCAGAGAUAAACUUGAGAGGGCCACCAACAUUGAAAUCCUCCCAGACACCUUCAACUUCACCAAGGAGACCCGUGAAAUGGGUGUGAUUGCGGCUAUACGUGAUGGCUUUGGUUUUAUAAAGUGUGUGGAUCGAGACGCAAGGAUGUUCUUUCACUUCAGCGAGGUCCUGGAGGAGAGUCAGCUUCAUAUCUCAGAUGAAGUGGAGUUCACUGUUGUGCCUGUAGGUUCUGUUAAGCUUUUCACAAAAGACAUGCUGUCGGCUCAAAGAAACCAUGCUGUGCGCAUUAAGAAACUUCCUAAAGGAACAGUGUCCUUCCAUACUCAGUCUGAGCAGCGUUUUGUGGGUGUGGUGGAGAAGGAACUUGUUGGAGCCACAAACAAGAACGCAAGUCCGAUGAAGGGCAAGGAGAAGGUACGGACCUGCACAAAUAAAAAAGACAAGGGAAAAGUUGUAGAAAAGGAAACGGAGGAAGGAGUGCUUUCUUAUGAAGACUGUGGAGUGAAGCUCACUGUGCCAUAUCAUGCCAAGGAUCUAGAGGGAGGAUUUUACCCUCAGGUUGGAGACAAGGUGGAGUUCUCAAUCAAUGAAGUGAAGCGAACUGGCCAGCAGAGUGCAGUGAGCAUCAGGAUCCUUAACCGAAAUGCCAACUCCAACUCCAAGAGACUGCAUGGGUUUAUUGCUGCCCUCAAAGAUAACUUUGGCUUCAUUGAAACGGCAAAUCAUGACCAAGAAGUUUUCUUUCAUUACAGUGAAAUGUGUGGAGAUGUGGAUAACUUGGACCUGGGUGACACGGUUGAGUACAAUCUUUCUAAAGGAAAAGGAAACAAAGUGAGUGCUGAAAAGGUUACCAAGGUGGCUGCAGACACAAGAGUGAAUGGUGCCGGUGAGGAUGUUGGCACAACAGUGAUGGCAGGGAAAGUUAUUCGUCCCAUACGCAGUGUGGACCCCUCACAGACAGAAUACCAAGGGCUCAUUGAAGUCAUUGAGGAAGGUGGAGGAAAAGGGCCUACUUAUCCCUUUGGAAUCAUGGGGAUGACAAACAAGGCAGAUUGCCUGCAGAAAGGAGAGAAUGUAAAAUUACAGGUUUGCACCGUCACCCAAACUGGUCAGAAGAUGGCCUGUAAUGUCGUCCCUCAGCGAAGAGCUCCAGUUGAGUGUGUUAAAGACCAGUUUGGGUUCAUCACGUACGAAGUGGGUGAGAGCAAAAAGCUGUUCUUCCAUGUAAAAGAGGUGCAGGAUGGCAUUGAACUCCAGACGGGAGAUGAGGUGGAGUUCUCAGUCGUCUUUAAUCAACGCACUGGAAAAUGUAGUGCUUGUAACGUGCGCAGAGUCAGCGAGGGUCCUAAACCAGUGGCAACACCACGUCCUGACCGUCUGGUGAACCGACUGAAGAGCAUCACUCUUGAUGAUGCUAGUGCUCCUCGCCUGGUCAUCGUCCGACAGCCUCGUGGUCCUGAUAAUUCAAAGGGCUUCAGUGUGGAACGCAAGACCCGCCAGCCUGGUGUUAUCGACUGAGCAAUACAGAACCUGCCCCUUUAUGCGCCCACGAGAUGCUGUGGAUAAGGGAAGCUGAUCUGACACAUGCUUGUAACAUCUACAAAACAUACGUACGCAUGCAGUAACUGGCAUGUGUAGUUUUCGCUCUCAUUGAUACCUGUAAGGGAUUGUUUUUUUUCGUAUUCCACGAUUCCCUGCCUUCCAUGUAUGUUCUCAAUGGUUUCGUUCUGCAGUGAACAUGGGAGUCUUGAGUGUGUGGCGUAUCUUAGAAGUGAUUCGUGUGUAAAGGAGGUAUUUGUUUCUAAAGGGCCUUGUCCCUCUUUGUCUGCGUGGCUGUAAUGUCCUGAUCGUUUGAAUCUGCUUUGUCUGGAAUUCUGCACCUGUAACCUGUUCAUUCGUGAGUAAAUGACCAUUGAAUGCUGGCAUGUCCAACUUCCUGCUUUUUUUUUUUUUUUUUUUUUUUUUUUUUCCUCAUGCUCCUUUACAUCAUUAUUUAAUUAUCAAGUUUCAUCUGCCGUAUGAUUUCCUACAAAAUGCAUAAAGCUGCGUUCCCUCCAUGAGGAGGAUCAUAUUACCCUGUGCAAGCUUUUGGGGAUUUUCCGCUGCUUUUUUUUUUUUUGAGCAGUUGGAAUGCUUUACUGAAAAGCAGAAGUGAAAGCAUGGUGUGCGUGUUCCAUGUAUGUGGAUGUAGUUUCUCACUGCGAUUUACCUUUACCAGUCUAGAGCCUUGAAAUACCUUUUUGGUAUAUACAUGCUCCACUUUUUCCCCAGGUGCAGAAUUCCUUGCGGCAUCUUUUUUCUGCCGUUGCGUUAUUAUUAUUAUUAUUUUAUUUUAUUUUUUUUUUACUUUUUUUUUCUUGCACACACUUCUGCUUUUUUAUGAAAACUUGAUCUGCUAAUAUUAAAAAAUUAAGAAUAAGGUGCCUAAAAACUACAAACAAGAUAAAAAAUAAAAGCAAAAAAAAAAAAAAAAAGAAACAAAUGAAAUAUAUUCUGUUUUCAGCCAACCAUAAAAUUAUUGAAAACAAUCUUAGGGUGGCUUUUUUUUCUUUUGUAGAAAUAAUACAGAUAUGCAUCUCGAACCUGUGGGUUGAACUAUAUAUGUAAUGUUUGCUCUUUUGUAUUUUCUUUCUUUCUGGGUGAAACAUCAUAUUUCACAUAUUGAAAUUAAAAAACAAAAAAAAAGAGAGAGAUGGACGACAACUUUCCGAGAUUUAGUUUAAAUCAGCGUUAUGAAUCAGGAUGUCGGUUUUUGUUCGCUGGAGACGAGGAUAAGCUGCCGUGCCUCAGAACAUUAAGUGAAAGUCGCAACUAAUUUCUUUGAUCAAACAAGCUUCAGUUGAACCGCGUACGGAGGUUCUCAUGUACUUUUGUUAAUGGUCUUGAACGAAACAAUUGAAUUAAAAGUUUUAUGAAAAUCAA